CUGCAGCCGCCCCGCGCAGCCACAACAGCAGCUGCUGCCGCUCAGCAGCAGCCCGCGCGCAGGCCGCUGCAGCCGCACGCGCAGCCUGCUGCUCCCGCGCAGCACCACACCCGCGCACAGGCAAGCCACCGCGCCGCCCUACCCGAGCCGAGCCGCACCGCGCCGCCCUUCCCGAGCCGCGCCGCGCCGCCCUGCCCGAGCCGCGCCGCGCCACGCCGCCCUGCCCGAGCCGCGCUGUGCUGUUUCACUGCUGCUGCUGCUACUGCUGUUGCUGCUGAUACUACUACUGCUGUUCCUACUGCUCCUACUGAACCUAUGGCUAGUCCUGCAGUUCUAGCUUUCGAUGCUGAGGGCCGCCCGCUGCGUUUUGACACCCGGCUCGAGGACCUCCAUCUGUUCCUCCAGCUCACUGCUAAGGAGGAUAUUUCGCUAUAUGAUCAUGCGUUAGGACUCGCUCCUGCUCUUGCUGCGACUGCUGACAGUACUGCCCGCUCACAGUGGCAGACUCGUGACGCCCACUCUCGCUUCGCCAUUCGCAACUCCCUGCCGGUAGAUGAGCGCGAGCACUUUGGCCAGCACAAGACUGCUCAGGCACUGUACACUGCUGUAGUUGCGCGCUACUCCUCGCCUGCCUCUACUGCGCUAGGCCGCCUCUCACUGCCCUAUAUGUUCCCAGACCUGUCCGCCUUCUCCACAGUCGCUGACCUCAUUACUCACCUCCGCACUAGUGAGACCCGCUUCCGUGCUGCCAUGCCCGCUGAGUUUCUUGCCAAGAACCCCCCCCCGCUGUGGCUCACUCUUUACCACCUGGUCACCCGUCUCCCUGACUCCCUUCGUGCGGUCAGGGACCACUUCCUUGCUCUCUGCCCCACCGAGCUCACCAUUAACCUGCUUGAGAAGCACCUGCUGGCAGCUGAGACUAGCAUAGUCGCUGUCGGUCGGGACUGCGUCCACUGCGAGUGGGGCGCGCCGCAGCGGCAAGGGCAAAGGGGGCAAGGGGGGCGGCGGGUGACGACGGGGGAGGCGGUGGUGGGGGCGGUGGCGGCGGUUGGGGUGGUGGCGGGGCUGGAGGGGCCAGUGGCAGCGGCGGGGGUGGUGGCGGCAGCGGCGGGGGUGGUGGCGGCAGCGGUGGAGGAGGUGGCCGGGGUGGGGGCGGUGGUGGUGGCGGCAGUGGACGCGGUGGUGGUGGUGGCGGUGGUGGUCGAGGUGGCGGCGGCGGCGGUGGAGGUCGUGGAGGUGCUGGUGAGGCUGCUGCUCUAG